AUGGAUAGCGUAUACAUUGCAGAUAUAGCUAUCCAUAGUAUACUUCUUGUAACUGGCAUAUCUGGAAAUAUCUUCGUCUUAAUCGUUCACUUUCUGGAGUGGCUAAAAACUCGUGAGCAUAAUCCUUGUAAUCUCAUUCUUAAUGCCAUUGGGAUUUCUAACAUAUGUCUGCAAAUAGCCAAUGACAUGGUAGAGAUUUCAUAUUGUAUAUCACCAGAUGUCUACAAUGAAGACUGGGUAAAUAAUUUAGCGACAGCUCUUUUAGCAUCUCUGUCGUUGUCCAGUCUCUGGUGCUCCACCUGCCUCUGUUUAUACUAUUGUGUGAAGAUCGUCAACCUCAAUGGACUUUUGUUUUAUAAAAUCAAAGCAAAUCUUCCUGUUGUGGUACCUUGGGUACUUGUGUUCUCAGUUGUUCUGUCUUGGUCAGUUGGAAUGCCAGGCUUAUGGGAUCUGUACACAAGCUAUUCCUUUACAGCCAUAAACAUUACAGGGAAUGUGACAUUAGAAGAAUCAUUUUACCCCUAUGAGAGUAAAUGUAAUUGUAUAUUUUACUUAUACGUUUUAGAUGCUUCUUUGGCAUUCGUAAUAAUCAUCUUGGCAGGUGGGACCAUCAUCACCUCUCUGUGUAAGCACAUGUCAAGGAUGAGGCAAAACAAUGAAGGACUUGGUCAUCCUAGAAUCAGGACUCACUUAUCAGCUGCUAAAACAGUGACUGCUCUCCUGAUACUUUAUUUAAUUUUCUAUGGAGCAUUUAGUUUGAUAAACAACCCAGCAUAUGUCCUGGAUGAAGUAACAGCAAUAAUAUGUUUCGUUGUUAUGUCCACUUUUCCAACAGUAAAUACGAUUAUUCUAAUCAUGGGAAACAGAAAACUGUUGAAUGCUCUGAAGCAGAUAUUGGGUAUGAAAUCUAGUGUCAUCAAUACUGUAACUACUUACUAA